GACAGGAACAGUCAGCUGGUUCCCGAGACCCUCCGGAGCACAACAAGUGAGCUGGGACACUAAUGUCUAACAGAGGAAUUUAAGCAUGAGGACGCGGGACCGGGACUCCACGACACGGCCGAAAGUUGACGGGCCUGAAUGAAGAGUCCACCGCGUCGUUGUCACACCUCAUGAACGGAAUAGUUGUAUUGUCCUAGCUCGCUGGCUAACGUUAGCUAUUUGUCCGGAGAGUAGACCGACAUGGCCACUGUGUCUCUGCGGCAGAAAUACCGUCGCCCGCCGGCGAAGCAGGGGCAGGACGACGACUCGGACCCGGAGGAGACCCACCUGGGGCUGCGGAGGAUGGACGGCCUGGAGACUCAGAUCAUCCACAGUGGACACUUCAUGGUGUCGUCGCCCCACAUUGAGCACCCGCCGAAGAAAGGCUACGACUUCGACACGGUCAACAAACAGACCUGUCAGACGUAUCACUUCGGGAAGGCGAGCAUGUCGCACUUCUCCAUAGACGCUUCUCUCACCAAGCUGUUCGAGUGCAUGACCCUGGCCUACAGUGGUAAGUUGGUUUCUCCAAAGUGGAAGAACUUCAAAGGUCUAAAGCUGCUGUGGAGAGACAAGAUCCGCCUCAACAACGCCAUAUGGAGAGCCUGGUAUAUGCAGUAUGUGGAGAAGAGGGAGAAUCCUGUUUGUCACUUUGUGACUCCCCUGGAUGGAAGUAUGGAACUUGAUGUCCAUCGUCCUGCAGAGGCCAAUGCCACAGAAGGGAAGUGUUGGAAAAGAAGAAUUGAAAUUGUGAUAAGAGAGUAUCACAAGUGGAGGACAUACUUCAAGAAAAGGUUGCAGAAGCACAAGGAUGAUGACCUUUCAAGCUUGCUCAAGGGGCCAGAGGAGCAGUUAUCGCUGUUUGGGGAAGUCUCUCCAGACAUGCUCCGUGUCUCCUUUUAUCAGGAUGAAGAGGCCUUUGCCCGCCGCUUGCCUCGUAAGCACAUGGACACACCUGCACCCAUGGAGAUGGACACCCUCUUUGACAUGGAUGUUCUGAUGUCUGAGUUUUCAGACACGUUGUUCUCUACGUUGGCCUCGCACCAGCCCCUUGCCUGGCCCAAUCCAAGGGAGAUCGCCCAUGCAGGGAACGCAGACAUGAUCCAACCAGGACUGAUCCCCUUACAGCCCAACCUAGACUUCAUGGACUCAUUCGAUCCACUGCAAGACUUAUUUCACAGCCUCCGUCAGCCCGUCUUCCCCUCUGUUUCCCCCACUGCAUCAUCUGUUACCCCUCUAUCCAGCACCAGUUCUCAGUCACAGGCCCAGUUAAUGUCCUCCAUGCAGCUUGCAACCAACAACAUCUCCCCCCCUGGCCCCCUGCCCCUCCCCUCUCCCAUGGUUAGUCAAACCAGUCGAACAGGUGGUUGUGGCGGUGAUGCUACAUACGUUCAAAACUAUAUGCCCCUGUUUCCUGGGCAGGUGGAGCCCAACGAUCAAGCAAUAGUUUCUUCCGUCUCUCAGGUACAGUGCCUACCCGGUCAGGGCAUGGCCUCAGAGCAGCCCAUGGUCCCCUCCCCCUUGGACAACACCUCUGUGCUGGAUGAGGCUGUGUCGCCCUCUGUGAUCACACACAUAGCCCCCUCUGUUGUCAUGCCCAGCAAUGGAGCCUCCACCAUCACCCACGGCUCAGAGUAUGGCUCCAUAUCCACACAACCUCCACCUCCUCCGUCCCAGCUCCAGCCGUUGGCUCCGUUGCCUGCAACUCCUGUGCAGCACCCUCAGACUUUUGCCCUGCCUCGCCCCUUUCAGUCAUCCAGUGCCAACAAAGUCCGCCCUGUGCAAAGGAUUGCUCCGGCCAACACCCUUCCCCCUCCCCACCUCGUCUUCACAGCCCCUUUCUCAGGUCAUGCCAAUGCUAUGAUUGUCACACCAAGCCCUCGGAAAGCAGAUGUGGUCCCUAAUACUGGAGUAGUCAUCGCUUCUUCUCAUCUAGGAGGGGCUCCUGGAUUUCACGUUGUGUCUCAGAUGCAGAAGUCUCCCCAACCGAUUGUUCCCAAACAACAGUCUUGUUCCUCCACCUCCAAAAAUCAGGAAGCCUCCUCUAGUGCUGUUCACAUUCAGCCAGGACCAGGUCAAGGGACAUCAUGUGUGUUGGAUCAAGUUCCGAGUCCCCAGUCACUUAUCACCAGCAGAACAGGGCUGGUUAAGAACGAACAAAAUCAGAGCCGGAGGACAACACACAUAUCUGCUGAGCAAAAGAGACGAUCAAACAUUAACAUUGGCUUUAAAACACUCUGCAGCCUGGUUCCCACUCUGAAGAUGCAAUCAUAUAUCAGUAAUGCAGUCACAUUGCAGAAGACGGUGGAACACGUUGGGAAGCUCCAGCAGGAGAGACAGCAGCUGCAGGAAGAGGUCAGGAGACUACGAGAGGAGAUAGAGGAGCUUGACACGUCCAUUAGCCUUUGUCAGAAGCAGCUGCCUGAAACAGGGGUGCCAGUCAAGCGGCAUCAACUAAGCCACAUGCAGGAAAAGUUCAAUGAAUAUGUGAAGAGCCGCACUCUUCAGAACUGGAAGUUCUGGAUCUUCAGCAUCAUUAUCAAGCCUCUCUUUGAGUCAUUCAAUGAGAUGGUGUCAACUGCAAGCAGAGCAGAGCUGUAUCAGACCACAAUGCAAUGGCUGGAUCGUCACUGUUUGCUUCCGGCUCUCAGACCUAUGGUGCUGAAUACCCUUCGCCAUCUGAGCAAAACAACGACCAUCCUCAGUGAUCCGUCCCUGUUGCCUGAAAAAGCCAUGCAGGCGGUUACAGAAAGAGAUGUGUAGCUUUCUCUCAGAGGAGGUGAGGUGACCUACAAUCCACCUGAACUGUUUCAACAGCCGUCACCACGUCUUCCGCAGAUCCACCACUUCCCGCGAUAGAAGCGGGCCAGGCUUGAAUUACUUUUCCCGGCUCCUGGGAUUGGUUUCUACAUUUGUUCUGUGUACGUUGAUUCUUGGGAAUCACUCACGCAGGAGCCGUGCUUUCAACAUCACUUUUUAUAAAAACUGUGGCUUUAAUUACAUUGUAUUUGAAAGAUGGCAUCAACAACUUCUUUCACCUACUUCAUGUGAAGAGCUUCUGAAUACUCUAACGGAAGAUGGUACUUGUGGUUUUGCUUUUUUGAACAAUAGUAUAUUUUAAAAUUUGAAUUCUUUUAUUAUGCGCAGACAAAGCAUUGUAUUAUAAAGGGAAAUUUUGAGUGAUUCAUUUCUUGCUCUUUCUCUGAUGUAUAGAAAGUAUGUGGAUAUGAUAUGGGAUGUAUUCCUAUAUUUAUUCAAGAGUGUGGUUUCACUUUGAGAGCAGGACACGUUCAAAUUUUGUAAUGCUCUGAUGGUAACACACUCACAACGAGGGCUUGACAAUUCCAUAUGUCAACACUGCACGUGGCAUUCUAUCAGAUGGGGAAUUUGACAGACAAACACUCGAUACACGAAAGAAUCCAAGUGCAGAGGAGAAAUCCGAGAGCAGACGUCUUAAGCCACAUGAGUGCGAGGAGAAGAGCUGAAGCUAACGCAGGUGAAAUCUGAGUGCAACCGCACAGUUUGAGCACAAGCAGAGCAAAUCCAAGCAGGAGCAAGGCAAGCGGUGUGCAGGGUUUUGAGUAACAAGUAAUAUAAUCUGAACCUGAAACCAAUACGUCCUGCUCUUAUACUGAAGGCCUCCCUCUUGGGUAAAGACAAUAGGAACCGUUGUAUUAUAUUUUUUUCUGGAGACUCCACACCAGAAUGUAGGGCCUCGAUUAAAACAUCACCAAGCCGAUUACUCGUGGGCUUCUCUUUACCUAAUAGAUACCAUGAGAGAUGAGAGGAUUUUCUCAGGUAAAUGUUGUGUUGCCAGUUCACAGUCGUGGAUGUCUGGUGGUUUUUCCAUCCAUGCUGAACUUCCUCCUUCAUACUUUGGUUGCUCUGCCCAUUUCAAGUGAGACAGAGCAGUCACUUUGAGAACACAGCGUUUCUACCGGGCAGGUCACAGCAUAAUGGAGCAAUAUUACUUAUAGCCCUCAUAGGGAGCAUACGUGAAAUAGCAGUACAGGCUAUAAAUAGACUAUUCAAAUGUUUAGCGUUACAAGAUCCUAUCUGACCGCACAGUAGCUGUCUUUUCCUUCCUUUGUCGGUCACUCAGGGCUUCGCUGGUGAGCGUAUUCAUUUUCCAUUCAGCUGUCAACAAAUGAAAUCUGUUUAUUUCUCGGCAGGACAACACUUUUUUCCUUCAGGGUACAUAUACUAUUUUUUUUUUUUGGUGUGUAAAGCUACACUCAUUUCUAAUGUCUGUGUUUAAAGCAGUUACAGGAGAAAAAAAGACCAGGAAAAGACACAGCACACUUUAAAAACAGAAGCCAUAUCAAAGCGUUGUUCACCUUCUUAUUUGUCGCAUUGCUGACGUCAUGUUUGACGAACCCACUGCUCUGUGAAGAAUCCGCCCGGGUGCAGAUUGAGUCAGCGUGUGUGACAUUCACCAGCCUGUAGGUCAAAGUGCCUUUUCCCUGUGAUCUCCUCAGCGCUCCUCAAGGCAGACGUAGACUUUCUGACUUUUCCUUUUCUUUUUCGGCAGAACAACUUAGCUUUCACUCGAUCUUCACCAUAGCAGAAGGCGCCACUUUUAUCUGAGAAAUGUGCAGCUUUUAUUUAUUUCUGUCUUUUUUUUGCGGAUUUCAGGUGUCUUAUGAUCAGAGGUUUUCCUUCUCGAGAACAUAAAAAUAAUUAAGCAGCCGUUGUACAGGCGGCUCGGUUUACAGUCACACAGACGAGGCAGUCGUCAUCAUUUGCAAACAGCAUCAAAUCAUAAAAGGUUAUAUUCACCAACAAUUAUUUAUUACUACUGUAAGAAAACACAAUGCACCUCUGAAUGCAGCUAUGCUUGUCAUGUUUGAAAAUUAAAAUAUUUGUUUUUUGACUUUGUUGUGAUUUGAUUUUCAAACUAUCCACUGCAUGUUGUCUUGUGUUUUUUUUUUUUUCUUUGUUUCAAAUCAUUCAAUGAUGUUUGUCGUACCAGGUUGGAUUGCAAAGUUUUUUUGCUGUUUCUGUUUGGUGGUAUUUGUAACAGGGGAUUUACAGUGUGUAUAACUGCAGAUUUGUUCUUUCCAAAUUUAGUAUCGCGUUUCAUUUGUUUUAAGACGUGAAAUAAUUUUCUUAUCCUGCAUAGUGUGUCUCCCCCCACCCCCCAUUUUUUUUUUAAAUGCCUUCAAUAUUUCUGAGUCACAAUAAAAGCAACAAGAAAUGACAAGUUUGACGCCUUAUUUCUUAAUUAUUAAUAAAUAUCACUUUGGGUAUAGUUCAGAUAAUGGGAUAAGAAACCUGAGGUGUCCUCCACAACAAAAGUGUGUUUUUCACAAAAUUUACGGCUAGUAAUAUAAUUGGAAUUAAAAAAGAACAUUCAGUAGAAAAAUCGUGUGAUGUCUGCUGAAUCAACAAAAAAUAAAAAAUUUGAAUAUC